AUGUCAGAGUCUUCCUCUUCUUCUUCUUCUCAAAACAAGUUGAAACCCGUUUUACUCGCUGGAGAUUUUGCAAGCACGGGACGCAUUGGAAUUUCCUGUGGAGCCUUUGAUACACCUCUCUUUCAGGAGCGAUUACGAAGAAAAAGAAUGAUGAAUUCAAGUAGUAGUAAUCCAUUAAUUAGUAGUUGUAGUGGUAGUAAUAGCGUGAAUAAUGCUCCAAUUUCUAAUGUGAAUAAUGGUAGUAGUUUUAGUGGUGGUGAUCAAAAUAAUAGUCAUGAUUCAACGAAAUCACCAAAGAAGGAAGAAGAAAUGAAUUUGUAA